GUGAGAAAUAUAGUCUUUCACUCUAAAGCGACUGCAGCGGCAGCACCAGCAGCUUGUGAAUGGUCCCCGCCUCUCCGGGGAGUUUCCUCCACGGGGAACUUUUACUUUAUGUGCAGCACCUGUUGUGUCGCCAGUCGGCCGUCUGCGCUUGCCAAACACUCGGAGCCACCUCAAGACAUUCAUUUCCUUCAGAAAGUUGGACGUGCAACGCUACAAGUGGCGUUUUACCCAGAGUCGGUCGCGUUACUCGAAUGGACUAUAGUGUUUGCAAGGGAAAGUCGAACACUUUGCAAACAGGCAAAGGCAGUUUCGCGUCUAAGCAGAAAUUAAAUUACAGCCGUGCACGUUUCCAGCUGUCCUCUUGAACACUCGUGUUUAGGCGAACAGGUGUGCGCUCUCUAAGUUAACAGCAAUUAAUGCUCUUUGCUCAGAUGCCUCUCGGGAAACUUUCCACAAAGAAGUUUUCGCUGUAGAAACACUGCCCGAUCAGGAUUAUGUGGACUUUACUUUACGCGUGCCUCUUACAGAUGUGUCCAAAGUUGGAUACGCGUCUCACGAACAAUAUUUCUGCAUGGUGAUUGAAACAACACAUACUAAGUGCCUAUAAGCACCGACAGCCACCAUUAAUCCAAAUGAUUCCAAUGCUUCUCUUGAUUCUUAUAUCGUCUCUUCAUCAGCAUGAGUCGGUGGCGGAAUCGAGUCACAUCAGUAAGAUUCACCACGCCAGCACUAAAGAGCAAAAUGGAGUGCAUGAGUCUCAACACGAGAAGGUCCUCAGUGUUACUGGGGAUGGAAUUAUUCAAAGUCCUGAAUUCCCCAACACAUAUCCCCGGAAUACAGUUAUAGUGUGGCGGCUGGUGGCAGUCACAGAAAGUUCCAGGAUCCAGCUGACCUUUGAUCCGCGCUUUGGCCUGGAGGACGCCGAGGACGGCAUUUGCAAGUAUGACUAUGUGGAGGUGGAGGAGCCUGUUGAAGGGAUAGUGUUGGGUCGUUGGUGUGGCUCACAGAUGGUUCCAGGGCCCCAGAUAUCCAAGGGGAACCAGUUCCUGAUCCGCUUCGUCUCUGAUGAAUACUUUCCCUCAGACCCGGGAUUCUGCAUCCGUUACACUUUGCUUCAACAGAGGCAGUCGGAGCCCGAGACCCCUGCAGUGAUGCCUGCAUGGAUGCAGAGUGUGGAUGUUCUGAGGGAAGCUGUAGCUGGCUUCAGCACAAUGGAGGAGGUGAUGAAAUACCUGGAGCCUGAUCGCUGGCAGGUGGACAUGGAGGACCUCUACAAGCCUAACUGGCAGGUGGUGGGCAAAUCGUUCUUCCAUCAAAAGAAAUCCAGGGGAAUGGUGGACCUGAACCUGCUUCGUGAGGAGGUCCGACUUUACAGUUGCACUCCACGGAACUUUUCUGUCUCAUUGCGAGAGGAGCUGAAAAGGACGGACGCCAUCUUCUGGCCCAGCUGCCUGCUGGUGAAGCGCUGUGGAGGGAACUGCGCAUGCUGCUCUCACAACUGCUAUGAUUGCCAGUGCUCGCCUACCAAGGUGGUCAAAAAAUAUCAUGAGGUUCUGAUGCUGAAACACAGGGCAGGGAGUCGGGGACUCCAAAAGACUCUAACGGAUGUCCCCCUGGAGCACCAUGAGGAGUGUAACUGUGUGUGUAAAAAUGACUCCGACUAAAGCGGUCCCACCAAGAGAGAGCUACACUGGCCCCCCACAGACUCACCCAGGGAAUAUGUCUUGUUUUGUGCAUAAAUGAGCUCGAGUUUUUACCCUGACGUUGCAAACUAAUGAAACCCAGCGCUGGAUAUCUUUUUAUCUUGACUUAUCUAAGCCUUCGGUUCCACUGGUUUUGGGCUCGCAAAUCCAUAAAGAAUUGACCCAUGAAGAAGAGAGCAUGGAGUAUUUGGAGGAAAAUUGGACACGGUCUUGCUUGUCUGUGUGUAUGUGGAGGUUUGUGAACAAUGUGCGUAUGUACAUUUGUGAGGUAAAUUGUGAUUUGUUGCAGGUUCAGAAAAUGAGGUAUUCCAGGAUAACUAGAAAGCCUGAAGUGAGGUUGCCAUUACUUGGGGCAACAAGUGGAUUUGGCAUGUUCUUUUACAUCAUUUUUUUUCUUUACUUAUUUUUUUACAACUUAAAUCUCAAAGGACCUUGACUAUGCAUCCACUUUCAGUGAUCCAAGGACAUUUUUUGAGGUGGCAUGAACAUUCUCCUCAAUAGCAUCCCAAAGAAAUUGUCUAAACUGUGUCAUAAGCCAGUAUUUCGUCGCCUACUCAUCUGUGAAAUGAAAUUAGACAUUUUCAUUAAUAAUUCUUAAAGAAUAUUCCAGGAAAGAUAAGGAUGUCCAUCUUUUUUUAAACCAGAGCUGAGCGGUCAUGUCUGCAUUUUCUGCUCAUUUACUAUGAACUAUAGACUCAUAUGAGAAUGACUCCAUUCAAGAGAGAACGCUAAAAUACAAAAGUGAAUCUUGUGUAAAUACAUUUCAAAUUGUCAUUUGUCAACUUUUUCUAUGUCAUUAUUGUUUUUGGUACGAAAAUUUUGGCAUGUAACAAUAUUUUUUUCCCCUUUCAUAAUCGCUGUAGUAUUUUCAGUGUUAGUCACCCUUUUGUAGAGACAUUCAUACAUUUGUGUUGUUGUUUUAUAUUAAGAUCGUUAUUUUGACUGGAGACAAAAUAUUCUGAAAACUAUUAGAUGUUCAUGUAAAUAGACUUUUUAGAAGUUAAAGGGACAUAGAACUGCCAGUAACAUAUUCCACUACCAUUAAACGGUUAACUAAA